UCGCUUGCGAUACUUAGGUCCUCUCCAGAACAAGCGACAGCAUCUUUGGCGUCUGACAGCGCACAGUCAGAUGAUCUUCUCCGUCCAGUGUUCAUGGGGUGUGCGACCAAAAACGCGAAAGUAGUCGCCAUCUCGUUGGGGUCGCUGCAGCGCUUGAUAGCCCUCAAGGCUGUAUCACAGUCUGUUGUCCCACUCAUCGUAAGCACGAUGAACGAUGCCAUGAGCCAAGGCGUGGACAUUCAACUUCGGAUCCUGCAAACCUUGGUCUCUUUGAUCACUAAUUUUCCUUCGAUACACGAAGAGCUCCUGGGAGAGGCAUUGCUUCUCUGUUUUAAACUGCAGGAUUCUAGGAUCGCGGUAGUCUCUUCAACAGCAGCAGCCACCCUGCGCCAACUGGUCAUGUUUAUCUUUGAAAAAAAAUGGUCAAUGAGGAUCGUCGAGAGAGCGACGACACUCUGGAGCUGUCUGAGGCGACGCUUCCGGACGGUAGCACCAAAGCGUUAGGGCCUUGUGCCAAAGAUGUAUUCUCUGUCUUCGAAGAUAUCUGUCUCCUCGCAAACCCGCUCUACUCGGAGUGAGCGCGCAGAUGAUGGGGGUCGGGAUUUCUCAUACGGGUGAUAGUGCUGCACCAUCAGGAUCCAAUUAUGGUCUGGGUGUCGGUGGGGUUGCUGGAAUGGUCGCCAC